AAGAAGUUAACGAAUUUAUUCGACAAAUUGAUAAACAGUUAACUGAAAAAGAUAUUGAAAAUACUGGCAAAACCGUGCUUUCUACUAUUCACAAAGCCAAAGGGUUAGAAUUUGAUUAUGUUUUUGUCAUUGCGGUGGAUGAUGGAAUAUUACCUAGUGAAACUAAACGGCAAGAAAACCCUAGUUUAAUUGAAUUGCAACCCAGUGUUUUACGAUUAACAACCACUAAUCCAGAGUUAGACCAACAUAUAAUUCCGGCUGGUUCAAUCGCCGAAAUAGUUGGAGAACAAGGUGAAGAAGAA